AUGCAGAGUCAGGACGUGUUUGGAGGAUAUGGCGGGCGUUUCCCUUCUUCAAAAUAUGGUCCCGAUAAUACAGGCUUCAGCCAUGGCGUGUACCCUCCUACCCAGACGAGCUAUCCCCCCUUCGCUGAUCGCAACAUGAGAAAGCCGGUGAUUUCCUCGAUCGCUACUUCCACCAAAGAUCACCAGCAUCCUUAUAGUGCCAACGGAGAGACACCCGCUACCGCGUUUGAUAUGAGCUUUACCCCCCUGUUGCCCUCGCAGCUCCUCCUCGGCAGUCCGUUCCAACCUGGGUCACCUGGUGCAUUCGCUUCUCCCCAGUUUCCGACCUUCAAUCGUUUUACUCCGGGAACAAAUGCUCUCCACAAUCAAACUCGGCAGUAUCAGCAAAAUCAACAGAUGCAGGCGCAGCUGCAAAGUCCCACCCAGCCUCAUGCCAAUCCUCUGUCUCCCCAGGGCUAUCAGGGUGUCAUGUCACCAGAGACCUACACUGCACAGUCUCCAACCGGAUUCGGCGGCCUCGGUGGUGCUGCGUUUGGACACUACCAGCCUAUGGUCGGCAUGGGCAAUACGUGGAUGGCUGGGACCAGCCGGACUGUAUAUCUGGGAAACAUUCCUGCCGAUACUUCUGCAGAAGAGAUAUUGAGCCAUGUUCGAAGUGGACAAAUCGAAUCCGUCAGGCUGCUGCCAGAGAAGAACUGCGCUUUCAUCUCGUUUCUUGAUAGCAGUUCUGCGACGCACUUCCACUCUGAUGCUAUUUUGAAGAAAUUGUCCAUCAAAGGACAUGACAUAAAGAUCGGCUGGGGCAAGCCGUCCCAGGUGCCUACCUCUGUUGCUCUGGCAGUGCAGCAGUCAGGCGCAUCGAGGAAUGUGUAUCUGGGUAAUCUGCCCGAGGACAUUACUGAGCAAGAAAUCCGAGAGGAACUGGGCAAAUUCGGGCCGAUCGACACCAUCAAGAUGGUGCGCGAGAAGGCAAUCGCGUUCGUCCACUUUCUUUCGAUCAGCAACGCCGUCAAGACCGUAGCACAACUGCCUCAAGAUCCCAAGUGGGGCCCUCCCCGUCGAGUCUAUUACGGCAAGGACAGAUGUGCAUAUGUCUCCAAGACACAGCAGCAGAACGCAGCACAAUACCUGGGCAUUGCACCGGGCUACGCGCAUGUGCUGAACGGGGCAGACCGUGACUUGAUCUCGAAUGCACUUGCCCAGCAAUCGGUGGCUGCCGCCGCAGUCGCAACUACGGCUGGAGGCGUCAAUAACCUUGGGAACCGAACGGUCUAUCUUGGAAAUAUUCACCCUGAAACGACCAUCGAGGAGAUCUGUAAUGUGGUACGCGGAGGUCUCCUUCAUCAUAUACGAUAUAUUCCGGACAAGCACAUCUGCUUUGUGACAUUCAUUGAUCCCACUUCAGCCGCGUCUUUUUAUGCACUGAGCAACCUGCAGGGGCUGAUGAUCCACAACCGCCGGCUUAAGAUUGGCUGGGGGAAGCACUCUGGAGCUCUUCCACCUGCCAUCGCUCUGGCUGUAAGCGGAGGAGCUUCUCGAAAUGUGUACAUCGGCAAUCUGGACGAGAGCUGGAGUGAAGAGCGGCUACGACAAGACUUCUCGGAGUAUGGUGAAAUCGAGCUGGUCAAUACCCUACGCGAGAAGAGCUGUGCCUUUGUCAACUUCACCAACAUUGCGAAUGCCAUCAAGGCUAUCGAGGCCGUCCGGCAACGUGAUGAGUACAAACGGUUUAAAAUCAACUUCGGCAAAGAUCGCUGUGGGAAUCCACCGCGUCAGAACCUGAACAACGCCAACGGCAAUCAGCCUCGGCUCCAGAGCUCCCUCGAUGGUGCAGGUUCUCCAGCUGCAAUGAAUGGGUUCGAGCACGCUGUGUCGCAGUCGGGAUCUAGCCCGACGAGGUCGACUAUCCCAACGGGCCCCAAGGCCUCGUUCGCUCCCCAGUCUCAGGCAAAUGCUCGUCAAACGAACGUAUCUGCGUCUACGCCAUCGGCCAUUCUGAAUGCAGGCAACAACAAUCCGCUGACCAUGUACCUCUCUCACGUCUCUCAACAGCAGGCUCAAGCUGAGCAGGACAUGAGAGACGAUAAUUUGACGUUUGCUCAAUUGCAACAACAACAAAACCAAGCUUUGGCUAAUCAACAGGCAGCCCUGUAUGGUGAUAUGCCAAACGGACACAGUGGACUGGACGUCCCAUCUCCUUCCCACGUCCCUCGGCAAAGCAGUAUCAGUGGCGGCUUUAAUACCAGCUCUCUCAGUAAUGGUGUUUCAACCACCAUCGGGGGGCUUCUCGCCCCUACUAAUACCGGCCUUGGAGCGAACAGAAGCGCACACUCCCGUGCCGUGUCGCUGCCCGCGUUCUCGCAAGAGAUCUUCGGCGGGCCGAGUUCUGCGCAACAAGGUUCAUCUUCAUCUCGCGGCUUCGGUGGCCAUGCACCGCAGGGAAGCUUCGGCGGAUUCGGGUCCGCAUUUGGUACGGGCUUUGGUACGAGUGGCUUCAAUGGUCUAGGCCUCAGCAGUGACGGCCGUGGAGGCCUUUCUGGCUGGGCGGAGGAGGAAGUGGGGGCUAAAUAA